UUAUUAAUUUGUAGAAAAAGUGUUGUAUUGCACGAUGGCAUUCCGUGUCCAGUUUGAAAAUAACAACGAAAUUGGUGUUUUUGCCAAAUUAACUAACGCAUAUUGUUUGGUUGCAAUUGGCGGGUCCGAAAAUUUCUACAGCACAUUUGAGGGCGAUUUUGCUGAUACGAUACCCGUGGUGCAUGCGUCCUUGGCAGGAUGCAGAAUAAUAGGACGAAUGUGUGUCGGAAAUAAGAACGGUUUGUUGGUUCCAAACACAACCUUUGAUACUGAAUUGCAACACAUUAGGAAUGCGCUUCCUGACUCAGUUAAAGUUCAGCGUGUGGAGGAGAGAUUGUCGGCUUUAGGCAAUGUUAUAGCUUGUAAUGACUAUGUUGCCCUUGUACAUCCAGAUUUGGAUAGGGAAACCGAGGAAAUUAUCGCAGAUACUUUGAAAGUGGAAGUUUUUAGGCAAACAGUGGCUAACAAUGUUUUGGUGGGCUCGUAUUGUGUUUUGAGUAAUCAAGGGGGCUUGGUUCACCCUAAUACAAGUGUUGUGGAUCUUGAGGAGUUGUCGUCUCUUUUACAAGUGCCGUUGGUGGCUGGAACAGUAAACAGAGGUAGUGAAGUGGUUGGUGCCGGUUUGGUUGUAAAUGACUGGACUGCGUUUGCUGGUAUGGAUACAACUUCCACUGAGUUGUCAGUAAUUGAGUCAGUGUUUAAACUGAGUGGAGCUGCACCUUCUUCAAUCACAUCAAAAAUGAGGGCUAGUAUCAUUGAAAGCAUGUCGUAAAUUAAAGAUGAUUCUUCACUUUAUUAUGUCCGUUUCAAACAGAGUAAUGAUAUAAAAAAAUUCAUGUGAUACGCACUAUUCUCAGUUUUUGAAAUGUUGCAAAUAUGUAUAUCAAUAAUUUAAUAAACAAUUUUUUCGUA